AUGUCCUUCACCCCGAGCAAUAGUGACUCUUCUUCUCAGGUUGCUCAGCUCACCCUACCUGCAAAACCACAAGGCGGUCUUCUGUUCCCUCGGUCCGCCGCCGCGAUGGAGAUGACACCAGCUCCUGAUUGCAAUAUCAACUUCGACGAUUGGGCAGGUUCUUGUGCCAAUGGCGUCCAGACCAUGACACCUAGUCCGGAGUGUCAGCCGCUGUCAAGCUACGAUCUCAACAUGAGCCAAACCUGCGCCGAUAUCUCAACAUUGGCCAUGGACACUCAAGCUGAAGUCAUAAUGGCAGCACAGUAUUCCCUGCCAAGUGAGCUCGAUGGUCUCGGUCCCAUUCUUGACUUCAACACCAUGGCAGAGGAAAUGCCCUCGGUCAUGGCACAAACCCAAGUGGGUGAUCUCGGUUGUACCUUUGACUUCAACACAAUUCCAUCGCAAAUCGCUCCCACCACACCAUCUAGCUUCAUUGUACCAUCAACACCUCCAUUUCAGCCGUUCGAGCUCCCGGCCACGCCCGUGAAGGCACCUUCCAGGACUCGCCUUCCCAACAGGGUAUCCAAAAUUUCGGCUACCCAAGCGCCUUCGAGCAGCAACAGCAACGGCUUCAAGAUCCCACCGCCAUCUGCCGACCAGCCGAGGACUUGGCACACGUGGGCCCCUUGGAUCAACUCGCUGACGGAGGACGAGCUGCGCAAGCUCGAGACGCGACAGCUCGCCCCGCUUUACUACCCAGAAGGUAUGACGGCUGAGGAGAAGAAGAUGACGAGUGAGGCCAACCGCAGGUUGCAGCAGGCCAAAAACUACAAGCGGCGCCAGAUCAACAAUGCCGCCGCCGCCAAGUCGCGUCGCAAGAAGGUCGAGGAUCGUGAUCGCGCUCUCCAGGAGUGUGAGCUCCACAAGGAGAACAGUAAGCGCCUCAGCGCCGAGCUCGAGGCUGCCCAGUCCACGAUUGCGCACCUCAGUAGCCAGUUGGCUAGGUUUGUUGGUGCGUGA